AUGGAAGGGGAGAAGUUUGACUUCAUCGUGUUUGGAGCCAGUGGAUUUACCGGCCAGUACACAGUUGACGAAGUGGCCCGAGUCGCAGAAGAGGAGAAGCUAACAUGGGCGGUCGCUGGACGAAGUAUGCAGAAGCUACAGACCGUUUUAAAUGAGGCUUCUGCGCGCACAGGCAAGAACCUGGAGAAUAUUCCAAUCAUCAUCGCUGACAGCAGCAACCCAUCUUCUCUCGAGGAGAUGGCCAAACAAGGCAGAGUUGUGCUCAACUGUGUCGGCCCAUAUCGAUUUUAUGGGGAACCUGUGGUUAAGGCAUGCAUUGAGGCAGGCACCCAUCAUCUGGAUAUCAGCGGAGAACCACAGUACUUGGAGAAGAUGCAGCUGUUGUAUAAUGCUAAAGCCAAGGAGAACAACGUGCUUGUGAUUGGUGCUACUGGCUUCGACAGCAUUCCUGCAGAAACUGGGAUUCUGUACACACAGAAACAGUUUAAAGAUGGAGAGAUGACCAACAUUGAGAGCUUUGUGACAACAAACAGUGGGCCUGAGGGUUUCACAGUCAACACUGGCACCUUUGAGUCUGCGGUGCAUGGGUUCGCACACAUGAAAGAGCUGAAGCCUCUGAGAAAGUCAUUGUUUCCUGACCCCCUGCCCAAAUAUGAGUACCGGCUCCCUAAACGGAAGACAAUUUUCUACAGCAAGGAAGUGAACAAGUGGUGUGUGCCGUUCCCUGGCAGCGACAAGUCUGUUGUCCACAGGACAGUCCGUGAUCUGCUGGCCACUGGUAGAAUUAAAAAACCGAUUGAGUUCAGUCCUUACUUCUGUGUUGACAGCCUGCUACAAGUGGUGGGACUGGUUAUCUUCUUGGCCAUUUUUGGACUCUUCGCCAGCUUUUCCUUGGGAAGAUCACUGUUACUGAAGUACCCGCAUGUUUUCUCACUGGGACUUUUCAAGAAAGGUGGACCAACAAAAAAGCAGAUUGAGGGCUGCAGUUUUAGCAUGACAUUUGUUGGCUACGGCUACGACAAACCAGAGAGUGAGAGGUCAGGUACGAAACCUAAUAAGACUGUCAUUACCAAGGUGACAGGGCCAGAACCAGGGUAUGUUACUACCCCUAUCUGCAUGACACAGGUUGGAGUUACUCUUCUCAAGGAACAAGAUAAGAUCCCUCACAAGGGAGGUGUUGUAACUGCUGGGGCAGCACUGUGGAACACCAGUAUCAUUGAUCGCCUGGAGAAACACAACAUCCACUUCUCCACCGUGUCCGUGACAGACAGCAGUGAUACCAGCAAGUAG